CUGCACAGCGGAAGUGCCGGUGGCCGUUGGAAGCAGAGCGGGGAGGCGGCGAGCGGCUGAUGGCCGGUUCCCUGGACUUCAAAACUCAUGCAGACCAGGCAUGCAGAGCAGCAGAUAAAUUUGUCAACAUCUAUUAUGAAACAAUGGACAAAAGAAGAAGAGGGUUAACCAAAUUGUAUCUGGAUACAGCAACCUUAGUGUGGAAUGGCAACACAAUUUCAGGCCAUCAAGCACUUACUGAAUUUUUUGAAAUGUUGCCUUCCAGUGACUUCCAAGUAAACAUGCUGGACUGUCAGCCAGUUCAUGAGCUUGCUACUCAGGGGCAGACCACUGUACUUGUGGUCACCUGUGGCACAGUGAAAUUUGAUGGAAACAAACAGCGAUACUUCAAUCAAAACUUCUUACUUACUGCACAAGUAACUCCACAAAAUACAGUGUGGAAAAUUGCAAGUGAUUGUUUCCGCUUUCAGGACUGGGCCAACUAACUUUAAUGGAAGGAGAAUGACACAUGUCACUAUUUUGGAUUUACUUCUGGAAAUAGUGGAAGAGUUGAAAGAGUAAACAAAGCUUGAAUUGUUUAAAACAUUGUAUGAAGUAAGGUUGGCAGGAGGGAAGAGGAAAAAAUAUCCUUUGUAGGGAAGCAUGUUGCCACCACAUCCAUGCUGAUAUUCAGUGUUUGGGUUUGGUUUAUAAUAAAGACACUCUGAAGUCUGUAAGGUCUGGUUUUAAUCUGAAAUCUGUCAUUUGUAUUAUUAAUAUUUUCAGUUCCAUAUUGUGCUUUUGAAAUGGACUUUAAUAAACAAUUUAGUUAAA